UUCAAAUUUUGCCGCGCUUCUUAUUAAGGUUACUGAGAGAAAUGUUUUCGCUAUUUAAAAAAGGACGAAGGUUUUAAUUUGUUUUCUCAAAUAAAAGUAAAGAAUUAAAUGUUUUCUAUAUUUUGUUAAAAAUUUAAAAUAUACAUGACAAAAUGAUGCAUUGUACAAGAAUGUUAACUCUUAAAAAGAUACCUUUGUCGUCUACAUUGAAAUGUAUAACAGAAUAUAAAUUUAUCAAUAAUAGUGAUAUAUAUUUUUUAAUAAAACCUCAAUUUCGUCAUUUUUAUAAGAAUGUACAUAUAAAAAAUGUAUCUAAGAAUUUAAUUAAACCAAUAAGUCCAAGUGGAAUAUUUAAAAAUUUAUUACAUAGGUUUGAUCUUUUCAGGCAAAAAUAUUAUUUAAGUGGAUUAGGCUAUUUAUUAUAUGAUGACAUUCCUAGAAAUCUUAAUUAUUCAAUAUUUUUUAAAGGUUUUAAUAUGCCAGAUACAUUUUUCUCUUGGUUUUUAAUCACAGAAUUGCAUGUUUGGAUGUUAAUGGUACGUUUUAUGGCUGAAGGAGAAAAGGGUAAAGUAGUUGUAAAGAAUAUUGUCGAAGCCAUGUGGCAUGAUGUUCUCGCAAGAGUAGAACUACUUGGUCCAAUUGCUCCAAAAGUAAAAAAGGAACAAUUAAUGGAAUUAACAUAUCAGUUUAAUGCUGCUGUAAUUGGUUAUGAUGAAGGAAUUAUGUCAGAUGAUAAAAUAUUAGCUAGUGCAUUAUGGAGAAGAUUUUUUUCUUUAGAAUGUAAUAAUCCAGAACAUCUAGAAAAACUUUUAAUUUAUGUCAGAAAACAGAUUAGUGAAUUUGAUAAAAUUCCACCUGAAAAAGUUUUCCAAAGAUCAAUAGUAAAAUGGGUAGAUUUGUAAUCAAGUGAAAUUUAUUAAUAUUUCUGAAUGAAUUUGUAAAUUUUAACUAGUUAUAAUUCACAUGCAACAAAUAUAUUAAAUCUAUAUAUUAAAAUU